UUUUGUUGCUGUUGAUGUUCUAAAAAUGGCUCCGGUGGUCUUGUCAGUUGUUUCAGUUAUUUUCACGAUUUAAACUAACUGUACUUUAAUCUAUCCUAUUAUAAUGUUAAAUUAUCAAGAAAAUCGAUUCUCUUCUCUUGCUCCUACAGUUAUUACUGCUGUGAAGUGUUCAACGAUAUCAGUAUGACGGUUAGAAUGUUAAGUAGGACUUCAUCAAAAAUAUUAUUUUAUGUAUAAUUUUAUAAGGAAAGCUUCAAGAUGAUGAGCUUUUCUUAUGAAAAGAGGUCUCUCAAGAGACCUCGACUUGGACCACCUGAUGUUUAUCCUCAAGAGCCAAAACAAAAAGAGGAUGAGCUCACUACUUCCAAUGUCAAACAUGGCUUUGCUACAAUGCCUCAGCUUACUGAUGAGUUUGGAACAGCCAGAAAUUGCAAUAUUACAGCUUCAAAGAUUGCAUCUUAUUUCAGCGGUAUUAUUGGUAAAAAGGAAGAGCUAAAUACUUUACCAGAUUCUGGAAGAAAACGACAACAGAUCAACCCGAAAGAUAAUUUUUGGCCAGCAACCGCCAGGACUAAGAAUGCAAUUGAAGCCUGGUUCAAGGAUUUGGCUGGUAGUAAACCGCUGCUUAGUUUAUCAAAAAAGGCACCAAAUUUCAAUAAAAAGGAAGAAAUAUUUCUUUUACUAUGCGAAUAUCAAGUACCCAUGUUGAGAGCAGCCUGGUUUAUUAAGCUCAGUUCGGCAUAUACAGUUGCGGUAUCAGAAGCCAAAAUCAAGAAACGUCAACUUCCAGAUCCAACUCAAGAGUGGACAGGUACACUGCUGAAAUUCCUGAAAGACCAACUGGCAAAACUCCAAGACCAUUACACCUCGAGUUCCACGGCACCCAUGUUGGACGAACAGAAAAUAGCUCUCAGACAAUGGCGCUACACACUCAACCUUAUGAAAUCACUCUAUGAGGAAGGCCUGCUCGACCGACAAGAGGUGCUGCAAUGGAUCUUGGAUCUGCUAGAGAAAGCACGAUCGUCAGCAGCCGCAACUGAAGACGGUGUGUUUCGGCUGGUGCUUCCUCUAGCACUCCAGUAUCUAGACGAGUUUGUCCAGUCUGAGCUUCUGGCGAGGAAGCUAUCUUACCUUGCAAGCAGGAAGCUCAGCACGCUGUGCUGGGGCGAUCUGGGUUCGAGUCCUGCCAAUCCACCACCUCCUAGCACUACGAUCAGUGGCACAUCAGCCAAUAGCAGUACAGCGAAUUCUACACUUCAGGAGUACUUAAACUGUCCCCACCAUCGAGAUAUUGUACUCGGACUCAGCUCUAUCAUUCAGGUGGUAACCCUUGAAUGUCCGACGGCUCUGGUGUGGAACUGCAUUGGUGAAGGCAAGUCUUCGUCUGUGCUGAAUGGUUCGCCUCUAGAUGUCCUGCCUUGCAGUCCUGCUAGUCUGCCCAUGCCUCAACGCACUUCCAAUCCUCAUAUACGGUAAGACGUCACACAUCUAAAUAUCAUUUUUCAG